UAUGCCCUUGUUUGGAAUGUUGUUAUACAAAUGUUAGUGCCAAUGAUUUGCAAGAUCACUUAAUAUGUAAUGGAAUUGAUAAAAGCUAUACAUGUUGGACAAUGCACGGGGAAAAGAAAACUAAGUCCGCUAAUUUCUGGGCCCACACAACCAGGAAAUGAUAUAGACAUAUACUUGGCUCCAUUAAUUGAAGAUUUAAAGCAUAUGUGGGAGACAGGUGUAGAGGUAUAUGAUGAGUACAAAAAAGAAUCCUUCAUAUUGAGGGCUAUGUUAUUUGGAACAAUUAACGAUUUUCCAGCCUAUGGGAAUCUAUCAGGCUAUAGUGUCAAAGGAAAGUGUGCAUGCCCCGUAUGUGAAGAUCAUACGAAUUGGAUACGGUUGGAACAUUGUCAGAAGAAUGUAUUUCUUGGGCACCGUAGAUUCUUAAAUACCAAACAUCAUUAUCGGAAAUGGAAAAAAGCAUUUAAUGGUGAAUCAGAAGAAGACAGAGCUCCGUCGCCUUUGACUGGCGAUCAAUUAUACGAAAAAGUCAAGCUUUUGAGCAGUAAAUUUGGAAAGCCUUUUUCAGGGGAACUUGUCACUGGUGGAUGGAAAAAAAAGUCAAUUUUCUUUGAAUUGCCAUAUUGGAAGUCAUUGUAUGUACGACAUUUCCUUGAUGUGAUGCAUAUUGAAAAAAAUGUUUUUGAUAGUGUCGUUGGUACAUUACUCAAUAUACCAGGAAAGUCUAAGGAUGGCAUCAAUGCAAGGUUAGACAUGCAAAGUAUGGGAUUAAGGAAUGAACUGAGGCCGGUUAAGAAGGAUGGGAAGCGUACAUUUCUACCUCCAGCAGCUCAUACUUUGUCAAGAAAAGAGAAAAAGAUCUUUUGUAAGUUUCUUCACAAUGUUAAAGUUCCAGAGGGUUACUCUUCAAACAUUAAGAGCUUGGUAUCUAUGAAGGAUCUCAAAUUAAAGGGUUUAAAGUCUCACGAUGGUCAUGUUUUAAUGGGGAAUUUUCUUCCAAUUGCUAUACGUUCCAUUUUGCCUGAAAAUGUGCGAUGGACCAUAACUAAACUUUGUUUCUUCUUCAAAGCUAUUUCUAGCAAAGUUAUUGACCCUGAGAAGUUGCCGACACUACAAAAUGAAAUUGUUGUCACCUUAUGUGAGCUUGAGAUGUAUUUCCCCCCUCUUUUUUUGACAUAAUGGUUCAUCUA